CUUGUUCACAAACAAGCCAGCCCGGCCCAGCCCUGUAGUCAGGGUGGUUGCCACAGCAAUUGACAUCAGUGCCCUGGUCCCCGAGGAGCCUGUCACCCUCCGCUGCCUGCGGCGUCUCCAUUGCUGCUCCUGCUCCGGUGGAGAGGAGUCACCCGGAGACUCCCACUCUCCUAGACGCCCCAGGUGCAGGCCUGGGCGAGGCUAGGAAGGGCCACUAACAAAGGGGAGGGGACGGGGGAGGGCGGGCAGGUAGGCGGGGCCUGGUUGGUGGCCUCUUGCCUGGGCGGUGAGGGCCCCGGGCCACUCAGCUCCUAGACUCACCGUGGUGGUGGCAGCGGCAACGGUAAUUGGACCAUGGCGGAGGAUGGGCCGCAGAAGCCACAGCUGGACAUGCCGCUGGUCCUGGACGAGGACCUGACCAAGCAGAUGCGGCUGCGCGUGGAGAGCCUGAAGCAGCGCGGGGAGAAGCGCCAGGACGGUGAGAAGCUGCUGCGGCCAGCCGAGUCCGUGUACCGCCUCGACUUCAUCCAGCAGCAGAAGCUGCAGUUUGAGCGCUGGAACGUGGUGCUGGACAAGCCGGGCAAGGUCACCAUCACCGGCACCUCGCAGAACUGGACGCCCGACCUCACCAACCUCAUGACGCGCCAGCUGCUGGACCCCGCUGCUAUCUUCUGGCGCAAAGAGGACUCGGAGGCCAUGGAUUGGAACGAGGCCGAUGCCCAGGAGUUCGGGGAGCGCCUGUCGGAGCUGGCCAAGAUUCGCAAGGUCAUGUUCUUCCUCAUCACCUUCGGCGAGGGUGUGGAGCCCGCCAACCUCAAGGCCUCCGUGGUCUUUAACCAGCUCUGAUGGCAGCUGCCUCCUCCGGCCCACUGCCCAUCUCCUGCCCGGCCCCUCUUCCCCCGGUACAUUUGGGGGCAUUCUUCGAACUGCUGACCUGUCCUCGGCUUGCAGACCCCCUGAGUCAUGUCCUCCCUCACUCCUCCCUGGUGCAAGCACCCCGGAUGUGGGGGUUAGGAAAGGCUCUGUAGUCUAGAGGCUGAACUGGCUGCUGCUGCUGCUGUAGACCCUGGAGGCCUGGG